GUCACAGACCAUGUGAGGGCUGGAGUACAUAAAAGGGAAGUCACAAGAACACAGAGUAGCAGACUUCUGGCUUUCAAGCUACCUUAAGACAAGUGAGCAGAGAAGGAAAACCAUGAGAAAUGUCUUUUCAUUACUUACUCCUCACUGUUGCUAUCGUCCAUGGACAUUAUCAUGGGUCUCAGAUGAGGCAGUAAAAAUUACCAUUUCCAAUAAUUCCUUGAAGAGCUCCCUGCUGAAGCUAGAAUGUCAUUUUACCUGGACUUUGCUGAAGCAGGAUGUGGAUCUUGAUGAACUGGAGGAAACAAUAGAAGAUCAGGUUGAGUUUUUCAUAAAAUCCAACAUAAGAAAUUAUAAUCUACUAUCCUAUGUAUGUCACCUAAAGAAUUCAAAUGAGGAAGCCCUGAAAAAUCUCCAAAUAGCUGAAGAAGAAAUUAAAAAAAAUCAUCCAGAUGAAAUUGCCAGGAGAAGUCUUGUUACUUGGGGGAACUAUGCCUGGAUCUAUUACCACAUGAAGAGAUAUGAAGAAGCACAAACUUAUGUGAGCAAAGUAGAAAACAGCUGCAAAGAGCUUUCAAGUACAGCUCAACAGAAGAAUCAGCUUCCAGACAUCUGUGCUGAAAAAGGAUGGGCAUUUUUAAAGUUUGGGAGAAAAUACUAUGAAAGAGCAAAGAAUUGCUUUGAAAAUGCUCUGAAGAAUGAACCAAAUAACCCUGAUUUUAAUGCUGGUUAUGCAAUAGCAAUGUAUCGUUUGGAAGAUCUUUUUUACAGCCGGUGUGAAGAUAAAAGCCUGUCCCUCGAGCUCCUGAAGCGUGCAGUGGAACUGAAUCCAAAGGAUACUUUCAUUGUGGCAUUACUUGCAUUAAGACUUCAGGAUGUAAAGCAAGUUAAUGAAGGGGAGAAAUACAUUCAAGAAGCAAUGCAGAAAACCCCUGAUUUUCCUCAUUUCCUGCGAUACGCUGCUAAAUUUUACAGAAGGAAAGGAGACGUGGAUAAGGCACUAGAGAUUUUGAAAAAGGCCCUAAGAGUGACACCAAAAUCUUCCUUUUUGCAUCACCAAGUAGGAAUCUGCUACAGAACAAAGCUGUUUCAACUGAAAAGGACUACAAGACAGCCACCUCAAGAGCAAGUGGAGGAACUCAUCCAACUUGCCAUUUUUCAUUUUAAAACAGCAACUGAUAAAAAGUCAAAUUUUUUUGUUGCCCAUCUUGACCUAGCAAAGAUGUAUGCAGAAGAAAAGAGGUAUGAAGAAGCAGAAAAGGCUUUUCAGAAAGCAAUUCAGAUAAGUAUUCUAUUCAAUAAUGAUAAACAAGAAUGGUACUACCAUUAUGGCACUUUUCAACGUUUUCAUAUGAAAUCGCAGUCUGAAGCCAUUAGGUAUUACAGAGAAGGGCUAAAAAUUGAAGAAGAUUCUUAUGCAAGAACUAAAUGCAUUCAGGCACUGAAUGAAUUGUUGGGAUGGAAAAUUCAGAGAGGUUUAGGAGAUGCAACAGAUUUUGCUACACUUGGACUCAUUCAUAAUCUAAAUGGUGAGAAACAUGAAGCAACUGAGUGCUAUGAGAAAGCUGUUGAAUUGCAUCCUGACAAUGAAGAGUAUCUGAGUGCAUUAUGUGAACUACGACUUUCCCUCUCAAGCUAAAGCUCCCAAAAAUCCUUCACACCAAAAUAAACCCCAAACCCAAGGGCGUUUCAACAGGCUCUCAAGUUAUAACCAGAAGAAACAUCUGGUAGCAUCGCUUUCUGCUGAUAACGUAGAAGCUGCAGAUGAUGACUGUUCAUUUGUUUGUUUAUUCACCAACAGAGAACGUGCUUGGAAAGACUAAAUAAUAGCUAAGCUGUCUUAGUCCUCAAUGCUAACAGUGGUAUACAGGUUGUGUUUAAGUGAUGGUCUGUAGAACACAGAACUUCUAAGCUGGAUGUCAGAUCUUACCUUCUACUGAGAAAAAGAUAAGAGAAUUAUAUUAUAGUACUUCACCUGUCUACUAGAAAGGCAUGCUUAUACACAAAUGGAUUUUCUGUUUUGUUUUGGUUUGUGGUUUUUUUCUUUUUUUUUUUUUUUUUAAAAGAUGUCUUUUUAAAGUGGUAUUUAGAAGAAACAUUUGUUGGAGACCUGUUCAGUUUACUAUUUCGUAUGUUGUUUAUCUAUGAAAAAUAACUACUGUUUGGCUAUUUCACUGGAAAGCUUACAAAAUGUGCAUUGUUGUUGUGAACUAUUAAAGAGCAUUGCAUCCAUCAA